GCUCAAGCUUGGACUCACAGGCAGAGAAGGACGAGGACGAGGCGACCAAAUUCGAGAUGUACGUGGGGCUCAGGGUGGAGUCGGUGGACGAGGAUCUCUUGCGGUUCAAGUUCACCAACAUCGACGCCAAUGAAAUCGAUCUUGAUGUUCUGGUGGAACUAUAUGUGGGCGACGAUUUAUACCGCGUUUUGGCCACCGACCCGGCGUUGCCAGCCGACACCAUUUCCACCAUGGAGCGCGAACUCAACGAAAGCGGUAUGCUCGUGGUGUUCUUGAAGCGCAUAAGAAAAGCGCUCCGGGACGCCCUCGACUGAUUUUUUUUUUGGAACCAGAAACUGGCGCAUGCUGCUUGUUUUCUUCAUCGAGCCUUCGUCAUGAAAUUCACAGUUCUUCUUUGUUUUUGCUUGACCACCAUUUCUGCCAACAUUGGCCCCAUGGAGGUCAACGGGCGAAAGCUCUACCCAAACUUGCAGAGCUUUGCCUCCAAAGAGGCGUUGGUCGACUCGUACUUGUGGACGCAUUUGACGCACACGAGCGACGACAUCAUUGCGUUGACCACGGCCGUCUUUCUUGAGGACAGCAAAACAAUCCUCGUGCUAGCAGAGCCGAAGGCACGUGACCUUCUCUCUACGGGGAAAGAGCUUCUUGGAAUCACCAAGAAAUCAACUAUCAACAUGAUAGAGAUCGACUUGGGGUCCAACAUCUAUUCUGUUGGGUCGGAUUUUUUUCCCCUUGUCACAUUAUCUGCUGAGAAUUCAAGCGGGCAGGCAGCCGUGGAAAGAGAAGUGUCCCAGGUUUACAAAAUAAAAUUCGUCCCGGGAGUCAACCGCAUUUUCGACUUGGCCGCGUUAUCCGUCAAGGCAGUAUUGGGUGUCACCUUAAGUUCCCAACGGGCAGAAAAAGAGACCAUCACUUGUUCGGCUAAUAGCGGGGGCAAGGUUCAAUUGCAAGUGAGCAACCGCAUGCUUUAUUUCCCUCAGGCCAGAACCAGAAAAGUCAAGUAUGUGUCGAAGGACAAGGAGUUUAUCGAGAAGGAGUGGGAAGCUGUGAAGUCUUCAGUGGCAGACGAGGAGCACCUUGGUGCACUAUUCUAUGAGCACUUCAAGCUAGGUAAAAAUCGCUGCGUGACCAAUACCUCCUAUUUCGAAGACGUGGCCUCUCGGAAUUGGUUGGAGUGGAGUGAGCCAUACCGACUCGAUGUCUAAGCUGCUCAUUUACCCAAAUAUCAUGAGCGUCUCAAAGGGCGGUACAAAAAGAAAACAAUUGGAAGAUCGCCUAGCUUACGCCAGCAUUUUGAUCCACUGGCGUCCGCUUUAGCUCUCCCAAAUCGACUUAUCAUGAUGAUCUUUUAACUCGAUCUGAAAUGUGCUGAUCGUAAUGAAUAUAAAUCAACGCUGAUUUAUAGAAGAUUUUCGCAGAAUUAUCACAGUAUAGUAUACAAUUACUAUACCAAAAGUUCGAAGAGAUAGAGACAGCAAAUAUAUCUAUGCAGCAGUAGUUGUUUAAAUCAUGACUGACAUCUCCCGCUCAAGGGAAGAAGCCUGUUUUUUGUAGUCCAUUGCGAGAAUUUGAAUGCGAGUGUCGAACUUCCACACAAAUAGUCACUAUCCUCGUUGAAAUGCUUUGAAUAUCUUUUGAAUUUUUUUUUUUUGACAUAUCUUAUACAUCUUCUCGCAACCUAAUAAU